AUGUGCCCAAUUCCAGCCUUGCUGAAGCACCCCCAGAUCAUCACCGGUCCUCCACCAAAUUCCACAGUGGAUCUGACGGAGGCAGUUCCAGAGACCGAACGACUUGACAGCAGCCUACAGAAAGCCAAAGCACAACUGUCAAUCAAAACCAGGAGGCAUCGACCCUCCCGAACCCGCCUGAGAGACAGCGUGAGCUCGAUAGAUGGAGAUGACAGCACUGAUAGAAUGAGUUAUGGUGGCUCCGUGCAGACCUCCUCUUCUCCAAUCCACCCUUCCUUUCGCUGCUCCUCCCCCUCCUCUGACCUGCUCCUUUCCUCCCCGUCCUCACGGAGAGACCGAACCUUCACCUUUGACCCUUGCACUGUGGUUGGAGAAAGGGAAGCACAGGAUGAAAGACGGAGCUACAGGCACCUCCUGAGCACCUCCUCUCAAGAGGCAUUGCCCCUCACACCAUCUAAGUCUCCCUCCAGACCCUGCGUCCAUUCAGAGACAUCUUCCCCAGCCCAUCUUUGCCAGACGGACCACCUCAAGUCACGUGAGGGCAGCCAACCCCUUCUACACUAUGGAGAAUACUCACAGAGCGAAGACGACAGUCAUGACACAGGCUCUGAUGAACCUGAUAGUCCAACAGUGCUUCUGGACAAGAAAACCAGGAGACGUUUUCUUGAUCUGGGGGUCACUUUACGUCGCACAUAUGGAAAGGUCAGGAAAGACAGAUCCAACAGACUAUCAGCAGGAAAUCGGGAUUCAGAGAGGACAGAGAACCGGUCCUCACGUUCCUCUGGUCCACCGUUUGUGCCUUUCUCUUGGUUCAGUGAAAGAUUAAGAGGUUCUGGCUCCCCCAAGAACAUCCAGUCCCCAUCCAGUCCUUUCACCCAGGGCUCCAGUACUGAUGAGGACUUUGAUUCUUCAGUGGGUUUACUGGAAGACUGCAGACCCUGCAAGACUGAGUCAUCACAACCCUAUCAGACCCUCCCAGAGCAUUCAGAUGGGAAUGGCUGUGACAGCAGUCGUGGCACAGAUUUCAGUUUUAAAAAGAAAAUGCUUUCUGCUGCUGGUAAAGAUAGGACAGAGCGACAGAAUGGCGUUCAUGGAAAACGGGACAGCGGGAAAAAUGGACACAGUGAAGAUGGACAAAAAUUACUGACCACUUGAUGGCAUUUCUGAAAGACUGAAUUACAAUACGCUGCAGGUGCCAUUAUUAUUAAUGUCAAACAUUGCGUUGGCUUUCACAAUGUAUUACUGAUGGAUAUAGUAAUAAAG